UAGGGACUGUUAAAAGGAAGUCUUUCCCUUUUUAUUUUUAUUUCAAUUAAGUUGAUAGUGGGUUAAUUCGAGUGCAACUCAACUAUGGGUUAAAGUAUAGAUAUACGGUACGGGUGGCGGCUGGGUUUGUUUCAGAAGCAUCGUCUCCCGACCCGGUCCGGCUUAUCCAAGCUAUAGCAACGUUAAGGGUAAAUGUAAGAUUGGAGACAAUUUGUCGUCCCGCUUUUUAAAUCAGCCACCAAAUCUGAAUCGUUACCUCCCCACCUAUUUGGCUAUUUCCAAUCUCAGGAAUCGUCUUCUUCGCUAAAACCCUCCUUAAGCCCUAACUUCUUUUUUUUUGCCGAAAUACCCCAUGUCUCCCUUGGGAUCCCAAUGAAGCGCGUUCUAAAAAUCUCAGACGCUGCAGCAGCCCAAUCGGAGAAGCUGCUAUUGAAUCUCCACAGGCACCCUUCGAAACCCAAAUCUUUAAUCUCACUUUCGAGUGCUACUCCAAGAUCCUCCCUUUUCAGAUUUUAUGGAGACACUGUUGCCCCUGCCACGCAUGCUCCCCUGCCCAAUAAAGUCCCCGUUAAUGUUAUCAGCUUGUUCAUUGAAAAGCUUUCUCUGGCAGACUCCCAACGCCGCCCCAAACAGGAAUUGAUGCAGAAAGUGUUUCAGCUCAGAAUGGAAUUGGUUAACGGUGUUUAUUCUUCAGGGGAAGUGGUCCAGAUUUUGGAGGGGAGAGGUGAUUGGUUACUUGGGUGUUAUGAAUAUCAGGGUGGUGUGCCUGCGCGUACCAAAGAAACCGAUGACCGUGCUUUUUCAGAGUUAUUGAAAAAUCUGUGUUCUUGGCCUAAUUUGGCAUUGGAGGUAUUUAAUUGGAGGAGAAGAAAGAUAGAACAAGGUUAUCCCAUGACGUCGGAAGAAUAUGCUAGUGGCAUCACUAUUGCUGGUAGGAUUGAGAAUGUAGAUCUUGCUGUUGAGCUCUUUUCCGAGGCUGAUAGUAAGCGGCUCAAGACAACUUCUACCUACAAUGCGUUAAUGAGUGCCUAUAUGUUCAAUGGUCUCAUUGACAAAUGCCAAUUAGUGUUUCGGAAUCUAAAAAAAGAACCGUAUUGUAGUCCCUCAAUUGUAACUUAUAACAUUCUUAUAUCAGUCUUUGGUCGUUUGAUGCUGAUUGAUCACAUGGAGGCAGCAUUUCAGGAGAUUCAACAUUUAAAUCUCUUCCCUAAUGUAAGUACCUAUAACAAUUUAAUUGCUGCAUAUGUGACUGCUUGGAUGUGGGAUCGGAUGGAAAGAACUUUCCAUUUGAUGAAGGCUGGACCAGUUAAGCCUGAUAUUGAUACUCACUUGCUUAUGCUUCGAGGAUAUGCACACUCAGGGAAAUUGGAUCAAAUGGAAGAGACAUACCAAAUGUUAAAGCAUCAGGUGGAUGUCAAAACCCCAUUGAUCAGAGCCAUGAUAUGUGCAUAUUGCAAGAGUUCAGUCAAGGAUAGGACUAAAAAGGUUGAGGAACUGUUAAGGCUAAUUCCAGAAGAUGAAUACAGGCCUUGGUUACAUGUGUUGUUGAUUAGACUUUAUGCUCAGGAGAAUAAUUUAGAGAAUAUGGAGAAGUUUAUUGACGAGGCUUUUGAGCUCAAGGCCUCUGUAUUUACUGUUCCUGUAAUGCGUUGCAUUAUCAGUACUUAUUUCCGUUACAAUUCAGUGGACAAACUGGCAAGUUUUAUAAAGCGCGCAGAAUGUGCUGGAUGGAGAAUCUGCAGGUCUUUGUAUCAUUGCAAAAUGGUCAUGUAUGGCUUACAGAUGCGCUUGGAAGAAAUGGAGAAUGUCCUUAAUGAGAUGAAUAAUGUCCGCAUCAAUCACACUAAAAAGACAUUUCUCAUAUUGUACAAGGCAUACUUAAUGUGUGGUAAAAGACAUAAGGUUGAGACUGUAGUGGGAUUGAUGUGCAAACGUGGCUAUCAAAUUCCGUUGGAAACAUUUCUUUCAUAAUAAAUCUUUUGUGAAGCAAUGUACCGACAGAAGUUGCAGGAAACGUUUAGCCGAUUAGCAUUUCUGGUUCAUCAUGAUCACAGCACUGAAUGGAGAUUUGAAAUUACCCGUAGGUACACAUCUUGUCUUGGUUUGACUUACUCCCCCAAGUGUUGGUGUUCUAUGAAAUGUUGUCACUAGGAAAUGAUACAUCAUGUACUUGACCCCCCCCCCCCCAAAAAAGCGUCACUUGAGCUCUUUCCUCCAAUUUUUAUUGUAUGAUUCAACAGCCAUCAUAGUUUUUUCUGGCAUUGUGAAGUUAUUCUUCAUCUUAAUAACAAUCAUCAUUUGAUCCUAGCCUAAUAUCUAAACUUUAUGCUAUUUUUGUCUUGAUUAUAGCAAGCACCAAUAGUAGCUCCAAGAACAUUGGGAGUUAGUUAGAGCUGGUUGGCUAUUUAAAGGAUUGCACUUGUAAUUGGUCAGCUUUACCACUACUUUAGGAGAAAUAUAAGUUCCUGGUGGAAUCACCAGGUUCUAAGAAUGACUUGAGAAGAAAGCUAUAGGAGAGUAUUACUUGAACUGGAUCUGGACUCCUUAGUUGCUGUAAAUAUGUUAAAGGUGUCUCUCUCUGCUGUAUGUUCCCCAUUGCAUAUAACCUGUUUCAUGCAGUAAAUAUCAGUAUAUCUUGCUGGUCUGCCAGUAGAUCAUAGUGGUUUUAUCUCACCGGCUUGGACCAAACAAGAAGUAUGGUUUCUCGCUUCUGACUAUAGAGUAAUUGUUUAUAUGUCUAAACCUAUCAGUGAUAGAUGGAACAUCUGGGAGUGUCAUGAGUUAUCAUGUAGCACAUUGUUAGGUUCCAUAGGUUAUUCGAAUAAUGAAUUGUUUGUUAAAUCCCAACAGAUUUUUUCUCUGACUUAGCAGUUUAUUGCCUCCCAUUACCAACCUAUGCAACAUUAACUUGGCUAGUGAUAUCUUAUUCUUGAAUUGAGAAGAAAGGGUGCAGGGGGGAUCAUGCAUUUCCUUGAGCUAUAUCAAUAUACCUCUAUGGGGAAACAUAAUUUCUGGACUUGCUAAAUUCUUUCAACCAGUGUAAGAUGAUUAUCUUGCUAGGGAUUAGUUGCAGUCUGAAAAUCAUUUCAAUUCUAUGUUCACCUAAGAUGAUGUUACUUGACAAUGCUUGUGAAGCACUAAACCCCUAGUAUCAUUUUCUUUUUUCUAGUUAGGACUAGAAACUUGAAAAUCUGCAUUUUGUCUGAUUUCCUUCAUGCCGAGUUGGAUAAUUGCUCAAUCUUGAAAAAAAAUUUAAAAAUGUUUUUGGUCUGUUUAUUCUUUAUGGUAUACUGCAAUUGACUGGCUAACCAUGUAAUUGCAGAAAGGGCUACAUUGCUUGAUGGGCUGAGACUACCCAUAAGAUGAUUGCGACAGUGAAUGAAUGAAACUCACUAGGACAUUCAGGAUCAUAUCAUGUGUUUUUCUUGCUGCUUGCUAAUGAACUUGACCAUUUUCUAUAGAAUAGUAGUUAGAAAAAGACCAAAUCUUCUUUACCUUAAAACUCAGGGACUGAUAAUGUGUUGGCAAUUUGAGCCUAGGAGGAGAGCUUGUCGUCUAUGAGAAAGGGAGCUGAAUGUAGCAUCUUUCUGAUGUACAUGUUGAAUGGGAUCAUUGGGAUGAUCUUAGUUUGCUUGCUUAGUGUAGUCGUGUUCUCAGCCUGUGAUAUUAUUCGCAUCGUAAAGUUAAAAUCGACCUUUAGGGGAUGCUGGCCAUCUGCCAGGAACUUUUACUUGACUAACAGGUUAUAGUAUAUUCCCAUAAAAUACAGUGGCAGAGCAAUUGAAGUGUUCUAAUAUACAAAUGCAUUGGAAAUUCAGAAUUCUAGCUAUGUUCUUACUCUAUAAAGGGAAAUGAGUGAUUGGAAAAAAUGGUCUGAAUCAUUUCAAUUAGAGAUAACUUUAGCUUUGGAUUGUAUUAACAAAUAUUUUACAUAAAAAAAUAGUUGCUUAUAUAUUGACUUCAUGUAGUUUUUGGCUAUUUCGUUGCCUGAAUGAUCCCUGGUUUUUGUUCCUUACAGAAUCCGUCGAUGAUGCUUAUGUCUGUGAGCUCUUUACUCAAAUCAUGCAUAUGCAAAUCAAAUUUCAAUAAAAAAUUUCAGGGAUUCCUCAAUAUUAAAAUUAUUUUAGUUUUGGCUUUUUUUUUAAUAAAGCGGGCAAUUUCAAAAUCAACAUUUAACUCUUUUUUCUUAAAAGAAAUUCUUAAGCUAAUAUCCUUUCCUCAAUGUUUUUGCCAUCGGUUCUUGAUUUGUCCAGAUCAAAUAAGUUAUUAUAAAAAUAAAUAAAUAAAAAGAGAGAAAAUUGGUUUAACAGUUUAUUUAAUCGCUUUUUUUAACUUGGUUCAAUUAGUUGUAUUGAUUCGAUUUCAUCCUCCUGUUUAAAUAUCCUUACCUUGUUCUAAAUAUCCAUGAAUUUGUCAUAUCAAUUUUUAAAUCAAAUGCUUUUCCAUUUCAACUUUCUUCUUUUGGAUUCUUUUCUCUUAAACUUAUCUUUUAUUUUCUUAGAUCUAGAAAAUGUAAAAAAAGGAAAAAGAUUGAUCAAAUCUCAUAAGUUUGAAUAAUAAAAUUGUUGUUUUCCUAGUUGCUGUUAACAUUCUUUUUGGUGUGUUUAAUCUUUAUGGAAUUAACGGGCUACAUAUGUAUUAUUUCUAUUUUAGUUGAAAUGUAUGAGUUCUCAUUAUCUUUCUCAAGUUACUCUUUCAAAUGUUUUUCUUUUUUAACUUUCUUAUCUUUGAUUAUUAUCCCUUUUUGAGUUUGUGGUGAAAGAGAGGAUUUCUUAGCUUUGAAUGAAUUGAAGCAGCAAGCUGUUUUUGAAUGAGCCCGAUGAACUAUUCUAAGUUUCAUCGUAAGAGCAGUUGAUUGGGGCGAAAACUUUGGUGAAAAGUUAGUGGUGAUGUAGGUUGGUAAGGAUUUGGUGGUCAGUAGUAGGGGUUGGUAAGGAUAUGAGUAGGUAAGAUAAGAUCCACCAUAUGGGUUUCGCCCUCUUUUUCCUUAAACAAGAGCAGUCCUCUAUCUAGGCUAUUGUUGUAUCUGCAUUUUCCAUCCUCCCACACUUGAUGACAUUCUCAAGAAGCUAUUCUAAUGUCACUGUAUCAACAAAAUUCUUUGUGGCACUACCCACUUCUUCAUCAGCUCACUGGUGCUGACAAAGAAGACAACUUCUCCUGUUCUAUUAGCAGUGGCUAUACUCGUAUUGUCAAUCCCUCCAUCUUUGUGCAUAUUGUUUAGAAUUGUCAGUCAGUUUCUUCUGCAUACUUUGUAGUGUGGGUCAUGACUUAUGCUAAUCUAGGAAUGCCUUUGUUAGAUCCUUUAAUUAUCGGAGUUUGUAGCUUUCUAAUUGAUUCUCAUGUCAGUUUUUCAAGAAAUAGUAUAGGAAUCUAUCCUUUCAAUCAUCACGUCAACAAAUGCAAUGCAUCAUUUAUUUACACAAGGGUGAAAAACCUCAAUUUUUGUUAGAGCAAGUUUUACAGUAAGUUUGGUUCACUGUAAUGGAAUGAAUAGGGCUGUAAUUGAAUAGAGUUGUAAUAAGUAAUUCAACUGUUUGGUUGAAUGGAAUGGAAUAGAACUGUAAUAAUAUUCUUGUGUUUGGUUGAA